GAGUUUUGGGUUUCGAUUUGAUUUGUUUACAUUCGCUAGCCUGCCAGAGAAAACUGCUUGUGAGUGUGGUAUCAGAUAAUAGACCUUACAAUUAUGAUAAACAACAUUUCCUUGACAUUUGUAUUAUUACUUCUGGUGUGCUGUUUUAAUAGUGUCAAAACAAAGAAGCCGCACAUUUUAUUUGUUCUUGCCGACGAUUAUGGAUAUAACGACAUUGGUUAUCAUGGAUCGGAAAUCAAGACACCAAACCUCGACAGGUUGUCUGGAGAGGGUGUUAGACUGGAGAAUUAUUAUGUACAGCCCAUAUGUACCCCGACAAGAAGUCAAAUUAUGUCAGGAAGAUACCAGAUCCACACAGGGCUGCAGCACAGCUUAAUCUGGGCACCCCAACCAAAUGCCUUACCUAUUGCAAAGGACAGUCCAAUUCUACCAGAAAAGAUGAGAGAGGCUGGGUACACCACACACGCUGUGGGGAAAUGGCAUCUGGGCUUCUACAAGGAGGAGUAUCUUCCCAACAACAGAGGAUUUGACACAUUUUAUGGUUAUCUGGCUGGAAGUGAAGACUACUACACUAAAAUACUAUGUUAUGGAAAGAACUUUUGUGGGAAAGAUUUGCGAGACAACUACGAAAAAGUUGACCCAGUUCCAGAAGAAUACUCAACAGAGAUGUACAAUAAUCAUGUGAUAGACAUGAUCAACAACUACAACUCCUCUCAGCCUAUGUUUAUGUACCUAGCGUUCCAAGCUGUCCAUUCACCAUUACAAGUUCCAUCAAGGUACACAGACAAGUAUGCUCACAUCAAAAACCACAACAGACGGAUAUAUGCAGGAAUGGUCUCAGCAAUGGACGAGGCUGUGGGUAACAUCACAGCAGCACUCGAGACCAAAGGAAUGUGGGAGGAUACAAUUAUGGUCUUUUCAACAGACAAUGGUGGAGAGAUAUUAGCCGGAGGGAACAACUGGCCUCUGAGGGGCUGGAAGAGAUCCCUUUGGGAGGGAGGAAUGCAUGGAGUUGGAUUUGUACAUGGAAAAGCUUUACAGAAGAAAGGGACUGUGUCCCCUGAACUGAUGCAUGUGACAGACUGGUACCCAACAUUGGUGGGGCUAGCAGGGGGCUCCCUCAAUGACACCAAACAUCUCGAUGGAUUUGAUCAAUGGAAAACAAUCAGUGAGGGAGCUAAGAGUCCCAGAGAAACACUGCUACAUAACAUCGAUCCUCUGACGAAGCCUGUCGGAGACAAACUGGAGGGAAGUCCGUUUGACAAUCGCUACAGGGCUGCUCUGAGGUGGAGAGACUGGAAGUUGGUUACAGGUUUCCCAGGCAAUGGAAGCUGGGUCCCAGUUCCUACUACUGAGGACAUCAACACAGACGACUACUCCAAUAGUAGUCAAUCAUUGAAGAACCUUUGGCUGUUCAAUAUCGCCAAGGAUCCGGUGGAAAGAGUGGACUUAUCAGCAGACUACCCCGACAUGGUGAUGAAGAUGCUGACCAAGCUACAGGAAUUUAAUGUGACAUCUGUACCCUGUAUCUAUCCUGCUUGGGACCCUAAUUCUAACCCUGAACUUCACGGGGGCUGGUGGGGGCCAUGGGAAAAGUAGAGUCAUGGGGAAAAGACAUCAUAACUAAAAACAAAAUAUUAAAAUCUAACAAUCCAACCUAUAAGCAAAAUCAAUUAUUUAUUUCAUUGAAAAUUUUUGUAAAUGCAAAACUAAGAUGUUGUUAUUAGAGACAUGUUAUGUCAUAAAAAUGAAAAACAGGGCCAAUAGAUAUAAAUGUAUUUAUACUAGUACUGUAUGCUGGUGAAUACUUCAGCCAGAUUAAGGUCUCUGACUUAUCAUUUGUUACGAUACCAACAGUUAAGGCCCCCGUCAUAAGUUUUUAUCCGUGUAAUCCUCUAACAUUGUUGGAUUAGCUGGUGAUGAAGUGACAAAUGAAAUGAGAGUUAAAUAUUCUGUCGGCCAAAUUGAUAUAUUUUCCUCAAUCUGCAACACUUAGCAUGACAAUAGUUUAUUGAUGAUGUCAGAGAAAGGAUGUGUUGUGAUAUUGGCAUUAUUGAUAUAAAAACAAAUUAGCUGUUAAGUAAACAAAUUGUUUACAUAAUAUUUGUCUCCUUAGGGCAUUACUUGAUACACUGUCCCCAGAACUAUAAAUCGGCCAACACUCUGGCAGGAUCAUUAAGUUACAUAACUCAUACAUGCAUUGCUGAACCGAACCAUUAUAAGAUGAUUUAGGAAUAUGACUAAUUAAUGUAUAUGUUUUAUAAAGACUGGACCUGUCUCUAGAAUAUCCGUUUUAGAUAAAAUUGAGCAUGAAUAAUUUUGGUCUUUAGAAUACUUUUAAACUAAGGGGAGAUAAUCUAGUAUUAGAAUUCAGUUCAAUGCCAUGCAAAAAAUAGGGGCUGUUGGUCAGUCUUGUAUACACAAUGUAUUGAGCUUUAAUGUACUGACCACUAAUCACCAAAUUUAAGAGGAUAUCCAAUUGAAAGUAUCCAAUGAUGAGAAUGUUAUAUGGAACUUCGAUCAUAGUACUGACAAAUUAUACCAACAAAAGCAACAAUUAUAAAAGCACAAUUUUUAAUGAAUUUAUAGCGAGAACGGGAUUGAUUAAAAAUAUUUCACAGUCUUAUCUAUUGAAUAUAUAUGUAAAUUGUGUGUGCGGAGAGAGAAAAAGUACAUAUUUUUGCAUUUUUUACAAAGAAUCUCAGGGCAUCGCUGUAAAAUGACAUCUAGGAGGACUAUCACCAUUUUUUUAAAGUAAAAAUAUUCUCUCAAAUUAUAGCUAUCAAUAUACAAAUGUAGCAUUAUGCACUGGUUCUUGUUUCCAUCCUGAUGAACCGAGAUAGUUUGAUAGUAACUUUUACAUUAAUUUAGCUUAUGAUAUAUUUAAACUUCCUUUUUUUCUAUGUAUACAUUGUACCAUGCACGCUUGUAUUUCUGGGGUCGGAACAGCUUAGAUGGUUAGAGUGUUGGCAACGUAACCUCAGAAUAAGAUCCAAGGAGCAUGGUCCAAUGCUCUUUAUCCAUGGUGGUUUGUGUUUCAUGUGAAGCUGAGUAAUGAUCUUGCUGUCAUAACUGUGUAUGCAUUUGUACAAUCUUGUAUAGAUUUGUUAAACUCGCUAAAUUAUUUGUUGUGCUAAAUGAAUACAUUCCGAGUAUUGUACUAGACUACAUGUGUCUUAAAUAUGAUGCUAUUUAUAGCAACAAAAUGUUCUGAUUGAUAAUAAAAUGUCACUACGUUGUAAGUGUAUAUUCAGUACUAAACUACUGACCAGUAAAGAGAGUUUAAUGAAUACAUAGUUACUUAGGCAUUUGUUCAUAAAACAUCUUUCAUCUUUCAUUCUCAAAAGUUUCCUGAAUUCAGAUUAAUUUUUUAUGUCCCAGCUAUGAAAUAGGGAGGGGUGAGGGGGGUCAUAUAGCGUUACCCAUGACCUGUCCCAUCAUGUCCCGUUCCAUUAUGUCCCAUCUCGAUGCAGACAUUUUCAAGUUUUUUUAUUUAUUUUUUCCUCAGAAUUUCUGCAAACCUGAAGUUUUUUUCUUUAUGUUUGUGCUUGAUCAUGCAAAUCUGACAUAAGCACUUGUAUUGCUUGUGAAUUUCUACAAAUUUUUAAUCACCCAGUAUGAUAUUUUUUGCUUGAGAGACUAUACAGCUUGAUAUCUUUCUUACAAAUGGGAUCAGAAAUAUGCAAAUAAAACAUAAUUUCGAUUUCUUUUUGAAAAUUAUGUCUGUUUAAAAAAGACCUUUACAUUUUUACAUGUACAAUGUACUUAAAUUGUAAGAUUUCAUUCAUCUUUUCCAUUGCCAGAUUUUAAAAUUUCUUAGCAUUUAUUGAAAUAUAUACUCAUCAAGUUUCUUAAUUGAAAAUCUUUCAGAAAAUUUCUAACACGGAUUUAUGCUCCAUUCAAAGGUGAUCAUGAAACAGAAAAUAAAAAUGUAUACAGAAAACCAUUGUCCUAAACCUGUAUUAGGUAAUUUGAUCAGAAAUUUAGCCAAGAAUUAAUCGCUAUCUAUUUAUUUGUAAAAUAUAUAUUUCAGAAAAGUUGUACAUGAUUGACUGUGAUAAUAUAAAUUAUACAUAUCAUGUAUGUCAAUUUUAACAACAUUGUAAUUCAUAACAGAAGCUUGUACUAUUUGUACCAUCAGUAAACCAUGCCAGUUGUAUUUACCUGUAACAGCAGCAUUGAAUGUGAUCUUGUAGACGUUCAUAAUCCUAUUGAAUAUUUUACUGGUAUUUAGUUUGGCUGACCUACUGUAUAUAUUUUCCUAUAUGAUAAUUUAUCAAAGAUUCUGAACCAUGUCUGUAAAAGGAUUGAAUCAUUAAAUGAGCCUUUUUAUAUAGUAGUGACAACCCUUUACAUUGUCACUGUAUAUUUUUGAAACAGAGCACACACUUCUACAAUUUAUUCUGCAUACAUUCCCAAUCUGAUUAAUAGGCGUAGUGCAUAGUAAACGUAGCCAUGUAACAGCUGAUUUUAAUCAGAUUGCAUACAUAUCAUGGAUGUAGCAUGUUCUUGUUUUAUGUAUCCAAGAUUGAUCUUUUUCAAACAUUUUAUUUCAAAGUUAGAAAUCAUCUAGAGAUUUUAAGCAUCUCAUACACAUUUAUACAUGUAUAUAUAACUUAUAUCAUAGAUCUAUUGAUAAUAUUGCUUUUUUCUACUAUGUAUGUCUUCAUUGUCCAUCUAUGGCAUAGAUUUUUGUGAGGUCUGGUAGUUCAACAUCAGUAUAUAAUAAAAAGAACAAUACCAGAUCACUUUGGAAUGUGUAUGAUGAUCAUGAUACAGUGGAACUUCUUUAAACAGAUCAUGCAGGUACAUGAACAAUUGGCCAGUUAAGAGAGGGUUCAGUUUAGAGAAGUGAUCCAUUUUGUCCGGUCGGAAAAUGAUAAGAUUCGUGGAAAAUUAUUGUUUGUGUGACGUUUGAUAUCUUUGAAGUAUUGAUAAUGUUAUGGAAGUUAAUGAAUAUAUAGUAUGCAGAAUUUAUCAAUAUUAAACUAAUUAUUGAUAAGUAAGUUCUAAUACUGGUUGUAAACGUGACAUAAUCAUAUAACUUCCCAUAUUUUUUCACAUUUGUUAGCUGUCAUCGGCACACUAUAGAUCUGUGCCGUAUCACAAGUAGAAUACCAUGAUAUCGGCCACACCCAUUAAUAUUAGUCAAUAACCUUCUAAUACAUAAAGUAUUCUGUACAUUUUAUUUAGUACAAAAGCUUUAUUGUUAACUAUUACAAGUAAUUAUAAUAUACAUAUACUAAUAUAUAGAAAACUGUUUUAGGGAAAGUACUAGAUCUGAGGAUUGUGUAGGUUAUAUACUGUAUGGUAAUACAUAUGUAAUUUGACUGAUGUGAUUGGAUGUUGAAAUAUGUUAUUGAACGAGUGUGCAUGAGAGGAUGGUGAUGCAGACUUGGUCCAUCUACCACACUUCUCCUUUGAUAGGUUGUAGUUAAGAUAUAUAUAUUAGCAAAGAAAGUUUGAAAGAGCUAUUAGUGGUGUAAAUUAGAAGUCAUAUACAUGUACAUACCUACAGUAUAUAUGUGAUAAAAAAAACACAAUUAUUAUUUACAAAAUGUCUGUAGUUUCUACACAAUGAAGUAUUUGAUUUGACAAUGUU